AUGAGACCGCUUGAAGUCUCCGAUCAUGUCGUGCUGAAACAAGAUCUCAGCCUCUAUGGCUUCGUACUGCGCACCCACAACGACUCAUACGAUCCGCUCGAGGACGACUUGAUCAUCGCCCAUGCCGAGGUCCCGCCUGAUGUCUUGAAUCACUUCCUCACGAGUGGUGUGCCGCCGACAGGCUAUGUAUUCGUGCAAUUCGCUAAUCCAGCGACUGGGAGCUCUCUCCUGCACCAGAAUGAUCUCGUCUUGCUCAGUCGUUCGUUCCGGCUAGGCGACUCCGUCAGGCGAGAUGGAAGUCCUCUGACAGGCGCAGUCAUCGAUGUGCAGGAAUCCUACAUCCUCGCCCCAGUAUUCGCAAAUAUCACAGCGAAUGGUCUACCACUGCCACCAUACCCAAAGUGUACGCCGGAGUGCUCGUCGAAUUUUCCUCCGCAUUUCUCGCACCCGAAUCCCCACACGCUCCUCUACGAUAUACCCGCGCGAGAGAUCCAAAGAGCGCAGGAUGUGGCACGAGACGAUUACAUCAUCACCUCUGGAGGCUGGGUAGGAUUAGUUGACGAGGUGGAAUAUACUGUUGUCAUCUUGCUCCAAGAUGGAGGCAUAGUGGCUAUCAACGGGCCUUACGGUUUACAUAUCCCUGUGCCUGACUAUGGCAAACCACUCGUGGCUCUGCCGGAACCGGAUGGUUUCAAACGACCCGACAUGCUCGGGGCUACACAAGAAUGGGCACGACUCCUACCAAUCGCGCAGACCCGCCCCGGCGAGUUUGUGAUUAUUGAUCGCCAUCAAUUGCGGAACGGGAGGUGGAUUUCUGGGUCAUAUGACCCCACGGCCCCAGCCCAGGGCAUUGUUCUUGAUGCUCGAGCAUGUGAUGUUUCAGUCGACUGGGUGUCCAGCAUUAAUAUCCGGGACCCACGACCAGUCUUUCACAGGUCGCCCGGGGACGAUAUCCAGGUCUACGAGAACAUCGGGAGUUUUCGUGACACUGCUAGCUUACGGCAGAAGAAGAAUAUAACAUUGUACGAUCCCGGAAAGAUGCCGGUUAGGAACAAAAGCGCGGCUCAGCAGCCAAGAGGAAGUUGGGAGGAUGAUUCCACGCACAAACAAGUCUCAGCUGCCCAUGAUAUUUAUUCGGGACAAGAGCUCGGGAUUGGUAUGCGUGUCAAAUUUAGAGACAUCUCCGCUGCUGCGCUCAAAUACCAAGCCAUGAAUGGAGUCUCGCAUGGCAAAUUUGUUCGGAUCCCUUCGCACUUAUCUCACGGCUGGGAUAUCAACGAGUUCGAAAUCGUCUAUAUGCAACAGCAUGCGACUGUCCUAUGGCAAGAUGGCACCACCACUACGACUAACUCAACUUCACUGACAGGGUUUGCCCUCUUUGAAGCCGAAAUGGCACCCACGGAUAUUGUCCUGAAGCGAGAAGGCAUGCGGCAGAGACCGGUCAAUCACAAAGGACAGGCGAAUGGGGGAACUAGAGAUUUUAAUGAGAUGAUGUUUUUCGAGCGUCCCCAUGACCUGCUUCCAGCCAGUGUGGGCGUCGUUCAGUCAGUCGACCCUACUGAAAGAGUCGCUCGUGUCCGCUGGUAUAAAGACCCUCGAGUCGAACUACGGGCUUCAGGACAAGUUCUUAGUACGGAUUCACGAUUCGGGCCCAUCGGAGAUGUCAUCGAAGAUGUCUCACUCUACGAGAUCAUGUCGUUUCCUUCGUUACUAAGACAAAGAAGCGACAUGUGCGUGAUAUCAGAUCCAGGGGAGACAAAGACCGAACCAAGAAAGCAACAGAUAACAGCCACUGCAGACACUGAGAACCCGGCCGACGAGGUAGCAAUUCAAUCCGAGACCAGCACAAGCACAUCGAUCCAGCAACAAGGUGCUCGUUCUCCGUCCAGCACUCCAAGAUCGACUAGCAGAGAUGGCUCUUGGAAAGGCCCCGAUUGGGUUGGCCAGAUUGUUGCAAUAAACCUUGAUGGCUCGAUCACCGUCCGAUUGGGAGCCUUGCAACAGUGUCAAGAUGUGUCGGUUGAUGCCGACUCCAUCCUUGCAACCAUUGACGACCGUGGGGAUCUAGAGGAGAUGCCCGGCAGCAUGAUGGAUCUUGAUUCCUGGAUGGACAGCGAGUCCGAAUGGUCUGAGCAGAGCCCUGAACCUAUUGCCGAAACAGUCGAGUACGAGGGCGGACAACGUCUCGAUAACGACAGCGGAGACGAAAAUUGGGUAUCAGACCAGGAUGAAAUCUUCGAAGAUGCUGAGGGAGAACUGCCGGGCACAGAUGGAGAUGUGGAAAUGUCAGGGGACAGGCCAAAGCGCGGCACCACGCCCUCUACCAAACCAGAACGAUCUCUCCUUCAACUGCAAACGGUGCUUGGUCCCCAUCCCCCGCCUCAAUUCCUCGUCCUCGACUGCGAGCCUCCCACGGACCAGUUCGGCCUUCGUUCAGCCCCGACCGCACACGCAUCCCUGAAGCGAAUUGCCAAAGAGCACAAGAUUCUGGCUACGUCACUGCCCGAAGGCGAGAUCUACGUUCGCACCUACGAGAGCCGACUGGAUCUCCUGCGGUGUCUGAUUAUCGGACCCAAAGACACGCCAUACGAGAAUGCACCAUUCUUGAUCGACCUCUACCUGCCGGAGCGAUUCCCCGACGAACCUCCAACUGCUCACUUCCAUAGUUGGACAAGUGGCCUGGGUCGCAUCAACCCGAACCUGUACGAGGAAGGGAAGAUCUGUCUGAGCUUACUAGGGACGUGGUCGGGAAAGAAUGAAAGCGAGAAGUGGAGCGACAAGGCCACGAUCCUUCAACUUCUGGUGUCAUUGCAAGGCUUGGUUUUCGUGAAAAGGCCCUUCUACAACGAGGCAGGGUUCGAGGGGUACGAGAAUGACAGGGCGUACACGAGGGAAUCUGAACAAUAUAGCGAAAAGGCCUUUGUGAUGGCUCGAGGCUUUGUCAAGCACGCAUUGCUCCGUCCCCCAGGCGGCAUGGAAGACGUGCUCGCCUGGCUGUAUCUGGCCCCGUCGAAGAGCCUGCUCGGCACAAUCAUCGAGAGGGGAAAGCUGCUGGUGGAAAGAUCUGAACAGGCACGCUCGGCGCAAGACGAUUCGCUGCUCGACUCGGCAGGAGAGAAAGACGACGCCACAAAGGUCUUUCUGAAGCCACUGAGCCGCGGUGCCAGCGUCAUGCUGAGGCGAUCGAUUAGUGAGCUGCAGGCUCAGCUGGAUCAGCUUGCGUCUGAGAUGCGCCAAGUGGACAAAGCAGGGGCAUAG